AGCUUCCUUAUCGUCUUCUUCUUUGUUCCUCUCCGCCCUUCAAAAAAAACCCACCAACCCGCUACCGCCAGUCCGUCGUCAUCGGAUUCAACUCCUCCGUGCGCCGGCUAGCUUCUACUAAACCACAACGCCGACACCUCUAAUCCGUGUGCUGUGCAUCCCGCCCCUGCCUGAAAAAUCUCCACUCCGUAGUUGGCACCUUAGUUUUGUUCGUUAAUGGCGGAAUAGAAUCACAAUAAUGUCAAGGGUCACCAAGUGGAAGCUGGAUAAGAAUAAAGUUAAAGUGGUAUUUCGGCUUCAGUUUCAUGCAACACAUAUUCCACAGAAUGGAUGGGACAAGUUAUUUGUAUCAUGUAUCGCAGCGGACACUGGCAAGACAACGGCAAAGACAACGAAAGCAAAUGUGCGAAAUGGAACCUGCAAAUGGGCAGAUCCUAUUUAUGAAACUACCAGGCUUCUCCAAGACGUUAAGAGCAAAGAAUAUGAUGAGAAACUCUACAAACUUGUUGUUGCAAUGGGUUCUUCACGAGCUAGCAUUCUUGGUGAGGCUUCAAUCAACCUUGCCGAACAUGUUGAUACUUCAAAGCCUUCCAUAGUUGCAUUACCUCUUCUUGGUUCUGAUACUGGAACUAUAUUACAUGUCACUGUGCAGUUGCUAACAUCCAAAACAGGAUUCAGAGAAUUUGAGCAGCAAAGGGAACUCAGUGAGAGGGGCUUGCAGGCAGGAGUUGAUAAUAAGCCCGAUUAUAAGGGUCCUGGAAAAGUGUCAGUUUCCAGAGAUGCUGCCCGUGAUGAAAUGGAAAAGGUAACCAGAAAGACUAAAUUUAGACCAGAUGCCAAAGAACUCUCGUCAGUUGAAGAAGUAGAAGAACCUGGAGAUUUGACUGCUGGGUUUGAUGGCUCUUCCAACACAUCGGAAAGCUUCAAUGCCGAGAAAAAUGAUACCUCAAGUGCACAUGAAAUUGAUAGCCUGAAGAGUGAAGCUUUUGGUGACUCAAAUGAACCUCUCCAUUGUCAAAGCCCACAACAAAGACAAACAAAUUCUUAUGAAAGUCAAGCUUUGGCUCAUGGGAGUAAUGACUCAUUUCAUGGGUGGGGUUCAGACUGCUCUAUGGGCAAUGACUUGGCAAUUGCACGUGAUGACAGCAAUCAGAUCAGAGCAAGCUUAGAAUUGGAAGAAUCAAACAUUUUUGAGCUUAAGAUAGAAGUAAGUUCUAUUCAAAGACAAGCCGAUGAAUUAGGCAUUGCAACUGAUAAGUUUGCUCACCUUCUUGCUGCUGAGAUAUCCUCUGGCGAAGAAUUGGCAAAAGAGGUGCAUGUCCUGAAACUUGAAUGUUUGAAGGCCAAGGAUGAUAUUGAAAGACUACAGAAUUUACAAAUAACCCCUCAUUGUACAGAAAAGCAAAAUUGCCCCUUAAUUCAAGAAACUCAAGAUAAAUGGAUAAAAAGAAUUUUACUGCUCGAAGAAAGGUUAACAGACUUCCAAAAAAAGUUGAACCUUGGCUUCCAUGAAAGAGAACACAGGUUUCUCCAGUCUGAAUUCGAGGCCGUGCUUCAGAUUUUGCAUGAUAUAAAGCUAGGGUCAAUGGAUGAAAUAUCCUUGUUAAACAUUGCACCACACAUAAAUGCAGAUGCAAAAGAGUUAAGCAACAGUUGCUUACAAAAAGCACAACACUCUUUGCCAGGACUCGGUUUGGAUUUGGAUUUGUGUCCACCUGAAGAUAUACUUCAUCAAUUUAGCAUGCCUGCCCUAGUUUCUCAAGGACCUAAUUUUGAUCUCAUAAGAGAACUGGAUGAGGCAAAGUUUGAAAGGGAAACCCUUGUUAAGAAAAUGAAUCAGAUGGAGUGCUACUAUGAAGCACUUGUUCAAGAGCUUGAGGAGAAUCAGAAGCAAAUGCUUACUGAGUUGCAGAGUCUUAGGAACGAGCACUCUACGUGCAUGUAUACACUUUCAAUCAAUGAAGCUGAAUUGGACUCCUUACGCCAAGAUAUGCACCUUCAGAUUGCACAACUUGUUGACGAGAAUCACAAUUUAGACGCCAUUAACAAAGAGCUUGGUGAAAGAGCUGCUUCGUCAGAAGCAGCUCUUAGGAGGGCACACAUGAACUAUUCUAUUGCUGUUGAGAAACUACAAAAGGAUCUUGAGCUCCUUUCAUCACAGGUUGUAUCCAUGUUUCAGAGUAAUGAGAACCUUAUCAAACAAGCAUUUCUAGAACCUUCAGUGGCAGACGACCUUGAGUACAUAAAUGGCUUGCAAAACUUAGAACGUUAUGAUGCUACAAAGCAAUUGCAGCUCUACAAUGAACAUUUAAAUUCAAGGAAACAAGCAGCCUGUGGAGAUGUCUUUUUAGAGGACUUGAAGAAGUCACUCUGCUUACAGGAAGCGCUUUAUGUGAAGGUUGAAGAAGACCUUAAUGAAAUGCAUUCUGUUAAUUUCUUCUUGGACAUAUACUCAAAGUCUCUAGUUGAGACCCUGCUGGAAGCAGAUCACAAGUAUGCAUUAAUGAAGAAAUAUAUGAGUGAGCUUGCGCAACAUUUAAAGUUUUCAAAUGAAUGCAAGGAUCAGUUAAUGGCAAAGCUGCAAUAUGCUUUGGAAGAUAUUAGCUUUGUUAAGGAGGAGAAGGUUAGAUGCUUGGACAAAUGCAAUGAACUUGUUCUCCAGAAUCAGACUUUAGUGGAUAAACUGGAAAUGAUUUCAGAGGAGAACUGUCUUCUCACAAAGAAGCUCAUGGAUGGAGAGAGAAUUUCAGCAGAAUAUGGAAAUUGCCUGUUUAAAUAUGAGUCUUGUUUGGAACAGAAUGCAAAGUUGUCGAAUUUACUAGAGCAAGGAAUCCUAGAAAAUGACAAGCUCCAUACUGAAAUAUCUGUUCUAAAGGAGGACCUGAGAUUGGUUGAGUCAGAACGUGACGAGUUGGCUAAGUCAAAGGAAAUCCUUCAGGAAAAUGCCAGCUUUAUGCAAGAUAAGCUGGUUAAUUUGUUGGAAUCCAAUGAUCACCAAUUGAUUGGGACUCAUUUGGGAAGAUCCAAUCAUCUUGACUUGGACUUGAAUAAUCUCAAAGGGCUUUUGGUCCAAGUUGAAGAGAUCCAACAUAAAUCAUUUAGCAAGGUUAUUCAACUCAUGGAAGAGAACAAGCGCAUAGAAAUUGAAAAACAUGAUUCCGAAGCGUCCCUUAGCAGAGCGAGUUCAGAAAUUCUUGCUCUGAAGCAAAGGUUUAAAAUUAAUAUGCAAGAUUUGUCAACUAAAUUAAGCACAUCUAAUGCCCUUGUGGAGAAGCUUCAGCUUGGACUUGAAUCUGUAGCAAAUAAACUUCAAUUCACCGCUGAAAUGGAUGAAAACCAUGCGCUACAGAACAUAGUGUUAGCAGAUCUCUCUUUCAGUAAGGUUGAACUUCAAAGAAAUGAACAUUUCUUUCAAGAUAAAUUGAACCUGGAUUAUGUUGUAGAUGAAAUAGAAAGAAGCAGCUCUACAAUUGCUCGGUUAUUACAAGAGAACUACGACCUCAUGAUGACGUUGCAAAGUAAAACUGAUGAAUCUAUUAAGCUUGCAUAUGAUAUUAGUGGUCUGCAAGAAAACUUGAAGAGUCAAAGCCAUGAAUUGGAUUCUGAGAGAGAUGCCAAGGCUGCACUGUUGGUAAAGGUGCAAGAUCUUGAUUCACAGUUGAAUGAGAAGCAUGCUAUCUUACUAGAUUUGAGGCAGCAUAAUAGUGAGUUAAUGCAAGAGAAUCAUGAUCUCACGACCUCUUUGCAGGGCAAUAUUGAGGAUUCUUUUAGGCUUUCAUCAGAAGCCAGUGAUCUGAAGGAAAAAUUGGCAAACCUUCAUGAUGAGUUGCACUCUGAGAUAAAUGCUAACGCUCUGCUACAGGCUAAGGUGCAUGACCUUAUGCAUACUUUGGAAGAAAAGAAUAAUAGCUUGCACAAUUUAGAGAAGCAUAAUACUGAGGUGGUUCAAGAAAAGCAGGAACUCAUGAUUUCUUUGCAAGGGAAGAUUGAGGAAUCUGUCAAGCUUGAAUCAGAAAUUUGUGAUCUAAAAGAGAAGUUGAAAAGUCUUCACGAUGAAUUGCAAUCGGAAAAAGCUUCUAAGGAAGGUAGGGUGCAAGAUCUUACUAUUGAACUGCAUGAGAAGCAUAACUGCUUGCUUGAACUGGAGAAGUGUAACACGAAGCUAAUACAAGAGAAGCACAAUCUUGUGUUGUCCUUACAGGGUGCAACUGAGGAAUCUGCAAAUCUUGGAUCUGAAAUCAGCCGUCUGAAAGAAGACAUGAGAGCACUGCAUGAUGCAUUGCUCUCUGAGAGAGAUUCUAAGACCAAACUCGAGGAUACUACUCGAGACCUUACCUUUCAGUUAAAUGAGAAGCAUGGGAGUUUAAAUGCAAUGGAGAUGCAAAACAUUCAUCUAAUACAAGAGAGGCAAGAUCUCACAGAUUCAUUAAAGGGUAAAACUGAGGAGUCUGUCAAGCUGUCAUCUGAAAUCAUUAGUUUGAAAGAUAAGUUGAGAAGUCUGUCUGAUGAAUUGGAUUCUCAGAAAGAUUCUAAUGUUGAAUUAGAGGGAAGGGUAAGAGAUCUUACUUCUGAAUUAAAUGUAAAGCAUCUGAAUAUACUUGACUUGGAAAAGCUAAAUACCGAACUGGCUCAUUUUCGAGAGAGGGCAUCAGAGUUAGAAGUGGAGAAAUCCCAACUACAGUAUCAUUUGCUGCAGAGGGAUGAGUGCAUUGAAAAACUUAAGGAAGAUUCAUCUCUUCUUAAUGAAAUGAGAAGUCUUGAACUACACAUGCACGAGUCUUUAAUAGCUUCUGAUGUUAAAUUUGUCUUUGCUGUAAACCAAUAUGGAAGUGUUGUUCAGAAGCUUGAAUUAUCUGAUGGGUGUCUUGGAAACCUUAGGGAGCAAUAUGAUGAUCUUCAAGCAAAACAGAAUCCUGAUUUUGCAAAUGAGGCAAAUCAUUGUGAUGAAAAGUUAAAGUUGCUGUCAUCCCUCGAUACUGUAAGAUCUGAUCUGGAAGCCUCUCUUGCUCAAAACAAGGUUCUUUCAGAUUAUAACAAUGCUUUAGAGUCGAGAGUAAAGGAAUACAAGAAUGAAGUCACAAAUCUAGAAGUUUGUCUUUCAAAGGCUAAACAUAGUCGUGCACUCGAAAUAGGACAUCUCAAAGACUUGCUGACAAUUGCAGAAGAAGAGAUUUGUUGCUUGAUAGUCUCCAAAGAGGAACUGGGGGUAGUGGUGACUGUGCUCAGAAGCAAAUUAGAUGAACAGCUUCCUUAUAUGAGUUUGCUAGAGAAAUACCAAGAUGAGCUGCUGACGUUACAAUCUCAGUUUAAUGAGCUUGAGCACAAGCUCGCUCAGCAAGUUUUGAAGACUGAAGAAUUCAAGAAUUUAUCUCUUCAUUUAAAGGAACAAAAGGAUAAGGCUGAAGCAGAAUGUGUGCUGGCUAGGGAAGAAAAAGAAUCUCAAGGACCACCGGUUCCCAAGCCAGAAUCCUUACGGAUAGCCUUUAUUAAAGAACAAUACGAGACAAAGGUACAAGAACUGAAGCAACAGCUUUCUAUGUCUAAAAGACAUGGAGAAGACAUGCUUUUGAAGCUCCAAGAUGCAAUUGAUGAAAAUGAAGGUAGGAAGAGAUCUGAUGCCUUACACACUAAAAGAAAUGAGGAACUAGCCCUCAAGCUCUCGGCUUUGGAAUCUGAACUACAGUCUGUACUGUAUGAAAAGCGUGAAAUUGCUAAAGCUCAUGAUCGGAUAAAGGCAGAACUGGAUUGUGCACUUCUAAGCUUAGAAUGCUCCAAGGAAGAACAGGAAAAGCUUGAAGCAUCUUUGCAAGAAUAUAAGGGAGAAUACUCUAGACAUGCAAGAGAUGUGUCUACGACAAAACAUCAGCUGGAGAUUUUUAAGUGCCAAAGUACUAGCAAAGAAGUAAAACAUGCAACUGAUGAAUACCCUAAACCUUUGUCCCCAAAUUCCUCACAUCAAGAAUAUUUGGGUUGUCCAGAAAAGUUGGAUGCAUGCUCAACUCCUGCUGGUGAAAGUGAGGAUUUGGCUCUGCUCGACAUUUCACAAACAGCUCAGGUUGUGCUUUCUGUUGAAGGAAAACUGGACACCCAACAUCUGUCUAUUGAAGAACUUCCAUCAACAAGUUAUGAUGUGAAUAACAAUCUGUUUGAAAUUCAAAAUUUGAGGGCUAGCUUGGACCACCUACAUGCAGAGUUGGAAAGGAUGAAAAACGAAAACUCUCUUGUUCCCAAGGAUCAUAAUUUUCACCCAGAUUUUCAGGCUUCCCAGAGAGAACUUGAACAAUUACACAAGACAAACGAAGAUCUUAGAAGCAUGUUUCCACUUUUCAAUGAAAUUACAACCAGCGGCAAUGCAUUGGAAAGGGUCCUUGCACUGGAGGUAGAGCUUGCUGAAGCUUUGAAGCAAAAGAGCGAAUCAAAUAUCAUUCACAGUUCCUUCUUCAAGCGACAUAGUGAUGAAGAAGCCAUCUUCAAGAGCUUUAGAGACAUUAAUGUGGUGAUUAAAGAAAUGUUGGAGCUAAAGGCAAGGCAUGUUGCAAUGGAGAAUGAACUGAAUGACAUGCAUGACAGAUACUCCCAGCUAAGCCUCCAGUUUGCCGAGGUUGAAGGUGAAAGACAGAAACUGAAGAUGACACUCAAGAAUCUUCGCGGGUCUCGGAAACUUUAUCAGCUAAGCCACUCCUCUUCCACCACCAUCCCAGCUGAUAGUUUUUCCUCAUAGUAAAAUCUUACUAUUCAACAGCAUAUAAUGAUAACAAUGAGUCUGCCUCUGAUCGCCAAAAAAUGAAACCUUGAUUUUGUUUUUCAUUCAGCUGAUAUAGGCUCUGUAAAUACCAGUUAGUAUGGAGCAGUGUGGUAGAAUCUAAUUGUAAGCUCUUAUCUGUAAGGUUUAUUAACAGUUUGAUAAAACAUUUGCAACAAUAUUUUAAAAGAAUUUUAGAUUUUCAAUAAGCAAUAUUGUAUAAG